AUGACUGGCAAUAUGGGAAUGGAACAGUUAAUUCCGAUAGUCAAUCGCUUGCAAGAUGCAUUUUCGUCCAUCGGAGUACCCUUAUCGUUAGAUUUACCCCAAAUUGCUGUUGUGGGCAGCCAAAGCGCCGGAAAGAGCAGUGUGCUUGAAAAUUUCGUUGGAAGAGAUUUUUUGCCAAGAGGGUCAGGUAUUGUUACAAGAAGGCCUCUUGUUCUUCAAUUAAUUUAUUCUAAGCAAGAGUAUGCAGAAUUUCUCCAUUGCAAAGGACGGAUAUUUACAGAUUUUGAGUUGGUAAGAAAAGAAAUUGAGGAUGAAACUGAUCGACUGACAGGGUCCAACAAAGGCAUAUCUAAUAUUCCAAUAAAUCUUCGAGUUUUUUCACCAUAUGUUUUGAAUUUAACGUUGAUUGAUCUUCCUGGUAUGACAAAAGUUCCUGUUGGCGAUCAACCUCCAGAUAUUGAGGUUCAAAUAAGAAGCAUGCUGAUGGAGUUUAUCAGCAAAGAAUCAUGCUUGAUCCUUGCAAUAUCUCCAGCCAACUCAGAUCUUGCUAACUCAGAUGCUCUAAAAAUUUCUAAAGAAGUUGAUCCUCAAGGCCAGUGUCUCAGAACAAUUGGUGUAAUAACAAAACUAGAUUUAAUGGAUGAAGGUACAGACGCCAGAGAUAUUCUCGAAAAUCGAUUGUUACCAUUAAGAAGAGGUUAUAUUGGAGUUGUGAAUAGGAGUCAAAAAGAUAUAGAAGGUAGGAAAGACAUAAGAUCAGCUUUAGCUGCAGAAAAAAAGUUUUUCCUAAGUCAUCCAUCGUACAGACACAUGGCAGAUAGAAUGGGGACAUCCUAUUUACAAAGAACUUUGAAUCAGCAAUUAACAAAUCACAUUAGAAAUACUUUACCUAAUCUUCGUAACAAGUUACAAUCUCAGUUGCUUUCAAUGGAAAAAGAUGUGGAAGAAUAUAAGCAUUUCAGACCAGAUGACCCUACUAGAAAAACUAAAGCUAUGAUGCAAAUGGUGACUCAAUUUGGACAAGAUCUUGAAAAAAGCAUAGAGGGUGCAGGAUCAGAAAUCAGUAUAAAGGAACUUUCCGGAGGAGCGAAGAUCAACAGAAUAUUUCAUGAAAGAUUUCCAUUUGAACUGGUUAAGAUUGAAUUUGACGAGAAAGAAUUAAGAAAAGAGAUUAUGAUAGCAAUCAAAAACAUUCAUGGAAUUAGGACGGGCUUGUUUACUCCUGAUAUGGCUUUUGAAACGAUAGUCAAGAAACAAAUUGAAAAGUUGAAAGCGCCCUCCUUGAAGUGUGUUGAUAUGGUUGUUACUGAAUUAACAAAUGUUGUUCGGAUAUGCACUGAGAAGAUGGCAAGAUUUCCACUCUUGCGGGAAGAGACAGAAAGAAUAGUUAAUACUCGUGUUCGUGAACGUGAACAAGUAACAAAAGAUCAGUUAAUCUUAGCUGUUGACAUACAGCUGGCUUAUAUGAAUACUAAUCAUGAAGACUUUAUAGGGUUUGCCAAUGCUCAACAAAGUUCUGAAAAUCCCCACAAACAAAAAAUAAGCAACCAGGUUAUUUGUGUUAUUCGUAAAGGCUGGUUGGCUUUACAUAACAUUAGCAUGUUUAAAGGAGGCAAGGCUGAAUUUUGGUUUGUUUUAACUGCUGAAAAUCUUAUGUGGUUCAAAGAUGAAGAGGAGAAAGAUAAAAAAUACAUGUUGUCAUUAGACAAUUUAAAAAUUCGGGACAUUGAGAGUGGUUUCAUGUCUCGUCGAUGUAUGUUUGCCCUGUUCAAUGUUGAAAAUAGAAAUGUUUACAAAGAUUAUAAGCAGUUGGAAUUAUCAGCCGAAAGUGUGGAAGAUGUUGACGGUUGGAAAGCUUCAUUCCUUCGUGCUGGUGUUUAUCCUGAAAAAACCCAACAACAAAAUUCAGAUGAGGUAAAAGACGACGUAGGUUCUAUGGACCCCCAAUUAGAAAGGCAAGUCGAAACAAUUAGAAAUCUUGUAGAUUCUUACUUACGAAUUGUUCACAAGACACAACGAGACAUGGUGCCCAAGACUAUCAUGCAUAUGAUUGUUAAUCAGAUGAAAGAUUUCGUUCACACUGAGUUGUUGGCUCAUCUAUACUCAUCAAGAGAUCAAAACUCUCUAAUGGAAGAAUCAGCGGAAGAAGCUCAAAGAAGAGAAGAAAUUCUUCGCAUGUAUCACGCCACAAAAGAAGCACUUAAUAUUAUUGGUGACGUAACUACCAACACUGUUUCUACACCUGUUCCACCUCCAGUCGAUGAUGAAUGGAUUAAACCAAACGAUUCAUCAAGAAAUCCUUCCAAUGGACCAUCGUCCCCUAAAACAGUCGUGCAGCAGCAAAACAGGUUAUCUCAAACUGGUUCCUCAUUGCCAUCAAGAGCUGCUCCUUCAGCUCCUACAAGACCAGCACCGUCAGUGCCGUCAAGAAUGGGUCCAAGUCCUACUCCUGUUGGUAAUAUUCCAUUCAAUCUUCCACCUCCUCUCCUACCCAUGUAA